AUGGAAAAUUCGGCAUCGCGCAAUUCUGCGGAUAAUAUUGCUGCUGCUGUGAAGAACCUCUCCUCAAGGAACCAGCUGCGUGCUUUUAAAAUUAUUGAAAAGUCGGCCAAUAUUGUUGUGAAUCCGGACGAUGUGGUGCUUGACUAUCAAACGCUGCCCGCCGAAACCCUUCGAAAAUUAAGAAAAUUCAUUGAUGUUUGUGAGGUGGAGGAUCAGGCUCGCAUCCAAAAUGCUGCACAGUUUACAAAUUUCACCUCUGGAGCCCACUAUCUGGCUGCGGCAGCUGUUAAUGCAAUGCAUACUUAUCGAGAAGAACAGAUGACCCGAAGCGUUUUGGUUGAGAAACAAAACCCCACUGCCAACCACAUGGAGCCGCGCGCAAACAGCUCUGCCGACAAUCGAUCCAGUUCUGACGAGCGACGACGAAUCCGUCAGCGUCGCGAAAUGGCAAGUUCGCAUUCAUCCUUAAAUUCCACCGUCGGGGCGCCAAAACUCAAGCAGGAGCUGAUUAUGGAAAAUUUGAAAAAUCGCUUGACUUUGACCAUGGUCGAUGUGGAGACUGAGCGACAGUCAAUCCUCGUCCGAGAUUGUGAGAAUGUGAAAAUACAAAUGAAUGGAAAAAGCCGCUCGAUCAAAGUACAGGGCACCAAGAAGGUCUUUUUGCGCAUCGAAUCCGUGGUUGACCAAAUUGAGGUGCUGGAUUGUGAGCAAUUGGAAAUGGAGAUAGCUGGUACAGCACCAAAGAUUUCUUUAACAAAGACAGUCGGAUGUCAGCUUCACCUGGCGGAUACAGCAAAAGAUGUCGAAAUUUUCAGUGCAGAGUGUCAAAACGUCGCAAUCUGUCUGACGAACGCGGAUGGCUCUUUCAAGGAGUUGCAGGUGCCAAGCGUGCUGAAAACUGUCAUUAGCGACGAGAAGCUGAGCACCACCGUGGUGGAUAGCGCG